AUGAACAUUUAUAUCGGUUUAAUUAUUAUAUAUUUUACUAUUUAUUUUGGACAUAUCGAUGCUAAUAAACAAAAGCAUCAUGAUCAAGAUGACACAUAUCACGAUCAUAUUUACUUUCUUCAAAAAGAAACAAAUGAUGGUCCUUUAUAUGCCAAUAAUUAUCAACAAUCAUUUAGAUAUGAAUUUCCCAAAAUUCCCAUCAUUCCAAAAAUAUCUUUAGACACAUCCGACUAUAACCAGCUUUUUAAUAUACCACAUAUUUCUCAUGUUUCAUCUCACAAGCUGUUUAUUAGCUUUUCAAACGAAUUUAACAAAACAAUCAUGAUUAGUAAUGGUAUAUCUAAUGUCACUUUCUAUAAUUCAUCAUUUAAAGAUGAUAUAAUCGAUAUAUCCACACAAUGUAAAGCAUUUAGUUAUUUUUCAUAUGUUAUUGUUGAUCUUGAUUGUAAAAACAGACAUAGUUGUAUCAGUAGAUCAUUGCUCAGCAAAUGCGAUGUCUACUUUGAGGAUAUUAGAUCAAAUUCAUAUUUCGAUAUUUCCAAACUAAUAUACUCGUUAUUAUACAUACUAUGUACAAAUAUAUUUUCAAAAUUACGGUCACAUUCUUCACAUAAAUCGAAAAGUCACAAAAAAACAAAACCAAAGAUUACAAGCACAAGCUCUACGACAAAACCAAUUCAGAAUCACUCUCAUGCAACACCAACUCCAAAUGGUCAAUAUGUUCAAGGUUUUCAAGGUCAGACUCAAAAUCAAGGUCAGGGUUCUCAAGUUUUUCCAGGUCAAAAUCAAUUUCAUAGUUCUCAGUACAAUAACGAUUAUCUUUCAUUUAACAAAAAUAAUAUAUCACCUCCUCCAAUGGCCAACAAUCAUAGAUAUAUUUAUACUCCAUCCUCAUAUUCACCAUAUACUACUUCUAUAUAUAUUCUAUGUGUGUGCAUGAUAUCAGGCGUUACAAGCUGCGACAGUUUCUUACCGAUGGGCUCUGGUAUGAUGACAACCAUGUAUGAACUUUCUCAAGGAGUUGUUAAUACAUCUUUCACUGGUUACCAAUCGAUAUUUAUGCCGUCCGAGAUGCACAAAGUAUGUAUGCCUGUAUCCGAUGACUAUGGUUUACUUGGUACAAUUGAAAUAGAAAUUAAGAACUAUCGUAUACAAACUCAAAGUGAAUUGAGCUAUUAUACUUCAAAUUGGACUGGUGUAUCAUUUUGCAGAGAACGUAUGCAUAGGGCAGAAGGAUCGCAAUGUGGAACUGGAGAGAGAUACAGUUGUAGCAAUAUUGUUCCCACUGAUGGUGAUAUGAACAAUGAAAUAGAAAAAACCAUACACAAAGAUGUACUGGAAGCAAUUGGCGAGAGCUAUUGCUACUCCGCCGGAAGAUGUGGCAAUUUAUUGAAAUGUGGUACUUAUGGCUAUGAUAAUUCAUUUUGCUACUACGGUCGUGCUGGUAUAGUCCCUAUUGGGGAUAUUGCUACAGUUAAAAAGGUUAUCAAUACACGUCUGGAAUAUGAUAUAGAUAUUAAUUUUAGAACAAAAGACAGUACGACUAGACUUAAAGUAGAGCGCGAUAAUCCUAAAGCAGAUAUAAAUAUCAGAAUUUCUGAAACAGGUGAUAUAAGUAAUACGGCAAAUAUUGUUGGUCAACAUUUUGUACUAUAUAUGGGUCACACAUAUUUGGCAAGAGCAGCAGAAAACAAAAUGCCACAAAGUAAUGCAAUUGGUGAUAUUCAAGCUGAAGAAAAGGAACAUUUAUUAAACAGAGUCCAAAACAAGAUUUCUUUACCUGGAUUUUCGUUAUGGAGCAUUAGUAAGGUGGAAGGAGGAGGACAUGCCAACUUCGUUAGUCAAGGUAUAAAUAGUAUUGGUCAAUUUCCAAAAGAUGUCGUGACGGUUGGAAAUCAUAUUUGGACAGCAUCAAACGAGGAAUGGACAACAACACCGACACUACACAAUCCUAUGAACAUUGUACUAGAGUUCACCAAAAACAUUUCUUUUGCACGCACCGUGUCUAUGGUCUGUCCUGUUGUAAUAAGUAGUUAUAGUUCUGCUGAUGGAUGUCGAUCUUGUUCGCGUGGAUCUUCUGUAGUGAUAAAUGCGAUGUCAAAUUGUAGCUCUGGAUAUGUAAAGGUUAUCAAUACAAAUGGCAAAGUCAACUUCGCUGAUAAAACAAUAAUUUUAGAUACACACCCACGAAACUAUACUUUAGUUUAUCAUACAGAUUUAGAACUAGUGGAGGAUAAUAUAUGUCUUCAAAUAGUAACAGUAACAAGUAAUAGAACAAGUUGUUUUAAACUAUUUCAGAAGCUAAAGACCGAUAUUUCAGUUCUUGAAUGGCGUAUAGAUUUCAAAAAAAACAUUGAAAAGUCAGACAACGAUACACCUGGAUCGGCUCCUCCUCUCGGUGUCCCUGGAGAUUCAAAUUCGAUUGGCUCUUUAAUAGGAAAUUUUGUCAGAAAAUUACUUGCCAGCUAUUUUUCAUUUUUGUUUGAUAUUUGGUAUAGUAUAUUUGGACCAAUCAUUGCAAAGCUAAAAUGGGUAUUGCUCGUAAUAAUCAUAAUAGUAGUUAUUGUUGCGAUAAUAUAUAUUUAUAUAUAUGGUGCAUCAAUAUUUAAAUUUAUAAAAUUAAUAUUACCUACCAAGAAGACAGACUGGUUGCCAUUGGUUUGUCAAGCUCUUCAUAUAUCAAGAUUGGAAUCUCCUAUUGCAUUAUACCCACUAAAACCACCAGCGGAAGAAGAAUCUGACGACGAUGAUAUUAUAGAUGAUAUCGAUGAUUUAAAUUUGGAAGAAGAAUCUGACGAUGAAUAA